AUGCCCGUCGCAAUUGUUACAGGCGCCUCCAGAGGACUUGGCAGAGCAAUCGCCCUGAGGCUCGCCGAUGAUGGCUUGGAUGUCGCUGUCAACGACAUCCCGCCGCAAUCUGGCGACCUUGACAAGGUGAAAGUAGAGAUUGAGCAAAAGGGCCGACGGUCAGUCUGUGUAAUCGCGGACGUCACGAAUGAAGAAGAAGUCAAGAAUAUGGUUGCGACGACGGUGGAGACACUCGGCGAGCUCACUGUCCUUGUCGCAAAUGCCGGUAUCGUCAUCCCAAAGCCGUUGAUCGAGACCGAAUUGUCAGAGUUCAGGAAGGUCGUGGAUAUUAACAUCACGGGCGUAUUUCUCUGCUACCGAGAAGCAGCGAAGCAAAUGAUUGCACAAGGGAAAGGAGGUCGUAUUAUAGGGGCUUCGUCUCUGGCAGGCUUUCGACCGUCUCCAGGAGCCAUAUCAUAUCCAACAAGCAAAUGGGCAGUGCGUGGUUUGACUCAAAGUUCCGCGAUGGAGCUGGCCCCCUAUGAUAUUAAUGUCAAUGCGUAUUGUCCCGGACCGGUAGAUACACCUAUGUGGGAAGUCCUAGACGAAGCCAUCGGUAAAAAGCAAGGCCUGGCCAAAGGAGUUGCCUUUGAAAAAUCCGUCGAAGCACGCUCAGCGUUCAAAAGAGCAUCGACACCCGAGGAUGUUGCAGCGUUGGUGAGCUUCCUGGCCGGCCCGGACUCGAGAAAUAUCACAGGGCAAAGUCUCCUGGUAGAUGGCGGUAAGAAUUCUAGUGGUCUUUGCUGCACGCCCAGUCUCUGA